UAGCUUUGUAUGAAAUAACAUUACUUCACAAAGUUUCAAUGAAUAAAUAGCUGGCAAUGUAACGGAGUGUCUCAUUUCGUACAAGAACAUUUAAGAAUGAAAAUCGUCAUCGCAGCAGUGCUGGCUUUUGCCGCUGUCCUUAUAUACGCAGAACGCUGCGUUGGACCAAUGGACUGCCAGAUAACAUUGUGUGCUAACGGAAGUAAUCUUAUCUGUGAACGCCAGGAGUGCACGUGCUCACCAAUACCAGACAGAUGUCAGACACGUGACGAUUGUUUAAACCUGGGUAAAAGAUGUCCAAACCGAUACCAGAGCUGGCACUGUGUGGACAAUAUAUGCACGUGUUAUUAAAUCAGG